ACGAACCACAACUUCACAUCCAAGAGGAAACCGAACAGAAAAGAUGGGAUCCGUCGUCAUUCCUCACCUCGUCACCGGCUGGCACGUGGACCAAGCUAUCAUGUCCGAAGAAGACCGUCUCGUGGUCAUCCGUUUCGGCCGCGAUUGGGAUCCGGACUGCAUGCGACAAGACGAAGUCCUCUACAAAAUCGCCGACCGCGUCAAGAACUUCGCUGUCAUCUAUGUCUGCGAUCUCGACCAAGUUCCCGACUUUAAGCAAAUGUACGAACUGUACGACACAGUGACACUCAUGUUCUUCUUCCGCAACAAGCAUAUGAUGUGCGAUUUCGGAACGGGAAACAAUAACAAGUUGAACUGGGUGCUGGAAGAUAAGCAAGAGUUGAUUGAUAUUAUCGAGACCAUUUAUAAAGGCGCGAAGAAAGGAAGGGGUCUGGUGGUCAGCCCGAAGGAUUACUCGACAAGGUACCGAUACUAGAACUCAAGCGACUUCGGGAAUGUGUGAAGACCCAGUGAUAAUAUGGAAGUCGUGCUACACGGGCGCGAAUGGACCAUAUCUGGGCAUAUCUAUUGGCUUGGCACUUGCGUGAAGUGUGUGCGUCGAUGCUCUGCGAUAUUCACAGGGAGGGGCUAUGGGGACUGGCCAGCCACGGUUGCUGUGAACGGGGUUGCUUGACCUGCAUGCAGCCAGCAGACGAGAGUAGUAGAGAUUUACCCUACUCCACGAAUAUGGACAGCAUGUCAUGCGGGAGGCGGGCUGCCUUAAUAUGCCUCCUAGGGGUCAAUACAUCCGCCAUAACUACGAUGGAUCAAUGAGCUACGAUGGAGUUUGAGGGAGUCCAAGAGACUGAAAUGCUUUCUCUACUGUAAGUACUCUCGUUCCAUUAUGCAGUGGAUGUGUACUGGUGACAUGCCUUCAUGAACCGUAUGCUCUCCCAUCCCCCCGCAGAUCAUACGCAAUUGCCGUCCAGUGCCUGGUUCUCCAAACAGGUUGUCUUGUAGCUCCACGUAUAUUGACAUGC